GCCGAGCUUUAGAGAGAAAAAGCUGCGCGACUCGCUCUGAAAAACUCUUAGAGGAUAGAGCGUCGAAAGCAGGGUGCCUGCUGCCCGUCUUUUUGAGGAGCCUGCAGGUGUCACAGGAAAUCCGUCGCGCGCCCUUUGCGCAUGAAAGCCGACGCGUCUUGAGGAUCCCUGGAAAGCCGAAAAACCUGUUUCGAAGUGUGCACGGUGUUCUUUGCGCCGAGAGCAGCCGAAGAACUGGGUCGAACGAGACUUUUCCCCGGCGACGCGUCUUAGGAUCCGCCACCCGUCGGUGUCUCGUAGUCUACUGAAACCUUGCUGGAGGUUCUCGACGGAAAGCGGACUCUUUUUCACCGUGGUUUUCGCCUUGCCUUUGGUCUGCCGACUCUGCGCUGUCUGCUCUUUCUUCUCACGCCAUUUAUUUUGCUCUCCCGGCGUCUCUCGCCUUCGUUCGCGCGAGUCGAAAACCUUGACCAGACCCGCCGCGAGCCGGAAGCUUGACACACUCUUUCAACUCGGCCGUACAUACACCGCCAGUUUUCGCGCUUCGGGAGAGUUUGGCAUCCUGGCCGCGUACGGCGCCUUUCUCUACGUUUUUUCAGAGGUUCCCUUCGUUUUCCUUCGCCAUCUUUUCUCUGAGACAUCCCGCGCCUUGGUACAGACGAACCCGCCACCUGGAACUACGGAUGCAUGCGUAUGGAUACUCGCCGUUUACUCCUCUUGCCUUGUUGUCUGACUCUCGUCGACACCGCGACGCGUCCUGCAGUUCCGGAACUGCGUUUGUAGGUCUCCGGUCUCUGCCUGAGUGCCUUUUCCUGCCUCUGCAGACGAAGAAAAUCCGACCACCGCACUGGUGGAUCUGCAAAUAAAGGACUGUUUGCUCGUUCUUUCCUUUUCGACGCCUCCGUUCCUCCACUCUGCCUCUCCACUCUUUUUUUCCUUCGCUACAUUGGCUUUACAUUGGCUUUCUUCCCCAGCGCCACAAUGUCGCUUUUCUCUGGGAUGAUGGUCAAGCAGGCGGGUGCGUCGUCUUCGCCUGUCGCGCCGUCUGCGCGUCCGCCGUCGGAUUCCUCUGACUCCAAGCGUCUCUCUGAGGAGCAGAAGCCGAGUCCAGCAGAGUCUUCCAGCGUUCCGCCGACACACAAACAACUCGUCACAGAAAGGAGCUCUUCUGAGCGUCGAAGUGGGGAGGCAGGGGAAACCGUUGGGUUUCCUCCGCUGGCGAACGAAAACAUCCGGUCCUCUUCUGGACAAACGUCGCUAUCUGCUGUCUUCUCUCCAGACUCUAACCGCGCCGGAACUCCCUCGCCUCCGUCGUCGACUUCUUCCUUGCUCUCUCCUGCGCUUUCUUCGACAUCUUCUUCCGCCUUCUCCUUUCUUCGAGUGCCUCGCGCCUCCACAUCCAGUUCCCCUUCAACUGAGAGACUUUCUUCUUCUCUCUCCGAUGUCACAAAGCGUGAUACCGUCUCUUCUUCCUCUUCUUUCUCUUCUUCCUCUUCUUUCUCUUCUUCCUCUUCUUCCUCUUCUUCCUCUUCUUCCUCUUCCUCGUCUGCCUUCCCCUUCUCCUCUUCUUCCUCUUCUUCCUCUUCCUCGUCUGCCUUCCCCUUCUCCUCUUCUUCCUCUUCUUCGUCUGCGUUUGAAUUUGCAAGGCCUGGUCCGGCGUCUGUAGGCGCGCCGUCUCUGGGGGACCUGGAUGCCUCAGACUCUUUCGCGGCGCCGAACCGUUUGCCGCGCGUCGUCAAGAAACGACCUCGCAGUGUGAACGUUCCAGGGUACAUGUACAGACAGCAAACUUCCAGCUUGGAAGUCCGAGCUGGAGAGAACGCAGCGCUGCGGGAGAGCAGCGGCUGCGGCGCCUCUGGGUCUUCCUGCCUCGCCGCCUCUGAAGUGUCUGUACACCCGAGCGCCAGGUCGGAGUCGCGCGCUGUCUCGUCUCGAUCUGGAGUCUGUGCUUCUCCGAGACUCUCUGCCGCGAGUCCGAUUUCUCGCGAGUUUGAGUCUCCGGCCGAGGGCCGAGGCAAUUCCGAGGAGAACCUCGGACAUUCCGAUUUCCUCUCUUCGUCCAGUUCGCUCUCUGUCUCCUCACCCUCGAUAUCCUCACCUCCGUCGGACCCGGUGCCUUCUUCUCUCGCGCUCGCUCCGUCGCUCUCUGCUCCAUCCUCGAACCUUCUUCUUCCCGAGAGCGGCGAGAGCGGCGACAGCGUCUGCGUCUCUGCGAGAUCUGCAGAGGUCUGCGCUUCUCCGGCCUCGCAUUCUUCUCGAUUCCUCGGCAAGGAGCUCAGCGGCGAAGACAAGUCUGCGUGGUACUACGUCUGCCGGUCGGACUGUCUGCAGCAGCAACGCGACGAGUUGCGGCGCAUGGCAGAGGCGGUCGAGGUCCAGGCCUCGACUUUGACGCGUUUGGAGGAGCUUCUCGACUCGCAGAGUCGACUGGAGAGGGAACAGAAAGAAGAGAUUUUACGUGAGGCCUUCGAAGCCGCUGCGAAACUCGACACCGAACUGGAGCAAGUCGAAACCGCCUUCGACUCGGAGCUCCUUCGGGGGCUCCAGGCAGGCGCCAGAGAGCAGAUCCGAGCUGCAGACGGCGUCGCAGACCUCGCAGAGCAUCUCUUCAGUGCAGUCGCGAAUCUUCAUGCGCAGCUCAGAGACAUCGAGGAAACCCGCAAGCAGGCCGCCGCGCGCGCGAAGGAAAACGCGAAACGCAGACACGAAGAAGAAGAACAGACGCUCAACAGGGAAGCCGAAGCGCUGCAGGAGCAUGUUCGAGAGUGCGAAGCUGCGACGCAGGCGAACGCGCGAGAAUUCAGAGAGUUGUCGACCCGCAGGAAAGCGGCGACGGAGGAACUGCAUGCAGCAGUCAGUCAACUGGAGAACGAACAAGUGGAGACCCGAGGAAAGAUCGAAGAGCUGCGCAGCCAGCUUGCGGAGUUGGAGUCCGAAUUCGAGACUCGCAGCCGACAAAUCGCAGAUUUGCGCGAUGAACACAGCCGGAUCGAAGCGCGUUUUCGAUCAGAAGAGGAGGAGCUGCUCGCGUCGCAGGCGCUUCUGCACGAGCAAGAGAAGGCCCUGGAAGAAGAAGAAGAAAGGCUGCGUCGACGUCGAGGCGCACUGACGGAUCUCGAAAGAGCGGCAGAAGAGGAGCAAGAGAAGUUCCAGGCGUCCGCGUCUGCGCUGUCAGACACGCUCGCAUGCUUUCCGCGGCGCCUGCACUUUCUGAAGAGCCUGAGCAAAUUCAGGAAAUUCGUCAGCGGUCAACUGCGCGCGACGCUCUCCAGCGCAGAGCUCGCAGACGGGCAAGACCGCAUGCGUCGACUGGGGGAAGAGCGACGCGAGCUCCAAGCGCUCUUACAAAAGGAAGAAGAAAGACGCUCGAAGCUGCGGGGAGAACAGCAGCAACAGCUUCUUCUUCUUCCGAUUCUCGAGCAAGAGAAGGCUCUGGCAGUCACCUCAAGACACUUCAAGGAGGCUGCGUCGUUCUCCGCAGAAAUCAAGCAAUGCCAAGAAACUCUAGAGACGCUGAACGUGACGCUCGACGCAUGCACUGCAGAAAUAAAGCAGACUCAACAGACUCUCGACUCGCUGGACCCAGAGCUCCGUCUGCUGCGCGGUGCCCAGCUGGAGGUUUACAGAAGAAACGGAGCAGCUCAGAAGAAGUUGCUCCGUCAGGCGCUGCAGCUAUUGGAGAAAAUGCGUCUUCUCUGUCCGUCUGAACGCGACACGGCGUACCUGGAGGCUCUGGACGAGGAACGUGAGGUGUAUCUCCACCUCCUCGAGGUUUUGGACAAGGCCGCCAAGACGGAGGCUCAGGAGCAGCUACAGCAGCCGGAAAAUGCACAAAAUAAACGUUCGCAUGCAGAGGGCAACCAGGGAGACAGUGAAUGUGUCGAGUUGUCCCUUGGAGAAGAGGACGCUUUUGACAAACGUUUUUUCGAUGAAUUUUUCUCAGAUGCAGAGGCGUCUACGGCUGAGCAUCAAGACGCGCAGACUCCGCCUCUGGAAGGAAAUCAAACGGCAGACAUCCUGUCUCCUUCAGAGAAGCGAGACGCAGAGGAGACAGGUGUCUCCUUCGGGACCUCCCCGCGUGGUCACCGCACAUCGAAGAGUCCGCGCCGAGAGCGUAGAGACAGUGCCGCGUCUUCUCCCGUCUCACUUUGUGAACGCCGAGAGAACGUUCUUUCCUCUGGCGACGAGGUCGAGGGAGAGCAGCAAAUCGAGAGGCGGCGAAUUCAGGAAGAAAGGCCUUAUGUCGACACGAGAUCGCCGCCAUGCGCGGCCCUGGAGGUCCGGGUAAGCGAGGAAGAGUCUGCAUGCGAGGUCGAAGAAACGUCAAAGAAAGGAAAGCUCUCCGGGUCAGAUGUUUUGUCUCCGCGACUUUUAGAGCAUCCAAGAAGAGCCGAUAGUGAAGGCCAGACCGAGAAACAGCCAGAGGAGGCGUUUCCAGAGUCGCGAGAAGAAGCAGGAAGGACGUCGCUCGUUGCUCAGCACUCCGCAGAGAGAAACGGAGAGUCCAGAGAGAAAGGGAGAGAUUUUGCGCAGAUGAAAUCUGCGAAUAUUGAAAAACAAGAGAGAGGUUCCGAGGGGGUGAACUCUCUGCAGAAUGUGGGCGCAGAAGACGGCGAGGAAGGCGACCCUGUUGUAGCGAGUAUGCAGCGAGUAAAGACCGAGGAAGCACAGCAGAGGGCGCAGCUGCUGAGACAGCAGGAGCUGCUUGGUCUUCUGCAGGAGCAACUGUUAGAGGAGGAGGCGUAUGCAACAGACGAAGACGUCUCUUUUGCGUCUGAUUUGAAAGAACAGAUCCGAAACGUGCAGGCUGCGAUGGACGAAACUGGCAAACAAAUCGACAAAUUGCGCGAGGAACGCAUGCAGCUCGAACAGAAAGCCGCUGAGGUGUACAGACACCACGCGGCGGGCGACGCAGGGGCCGCGGCCCCGCAGGUUUCUCAGCCGUCAGAUCUGAGGGAAGCAAAGACCGAUUUCGACCCGGUUUCCUGCCACAGACAGAGUUCCUUUUCCUUCGUCUCUACUGGAAAGAAGCUGGAGUCUGCUACGCUGAAAGCGACGGCUGAAGAGGCGCAUGUGCAGCGAGCUUCUUCCUGCGACGAUCACUUGCAUGGACAGCAGGCAUCCAACGAGGCAUCCGCUGCAUGUACGCUGUUCGCGGGCAUGCAGUUUAAAAAGAGAGAGACGAGAGAAACUGCAGGCAGAGAAGACAGGCAGGAGAGACGGGAGACGGAGAGGACGCAGGAGACUACUGGGGGCGACCACAGGAGAGGAGCAGAGCUUCUCCGAGUCGAGCCAGAACGCCCCGGAAACUCGGACAGGCGCGCGCAAGAGAUCGAAGGCGACUCCAGUCGAGGAAACGAAGACACACAGACAGACGCAGCAAUCGCAAAGACGCGAGGGUUCAGGGAGGCGAGAGAGGAUUCCUCUCAGCUAAAUAACGAAAGAAGGCGAUCGAUCGAGUCGGACAGAACGCUGGUGGCAAACGAACAAGGCGCCGCAUCCUCCAACGGAGACGCCAGUACCCACCACACGGAUUAAACGGCUGUAUGUGCAACUCUGAGCGGAGAGAAAGGGAACUGCACAAAAAAAAGAAGACGCGCGAAACGCAAGAGAUCCUUUACACACAUAUAUAUAAUAUAUAUAAUAUAUAAUAUAUUAUUUAUGUGUCUUGUGGUGAGGAUUCAACGAAGCAGCAAUGAAAGGGAUAUGCAGUGUACCGGGAGAGAAUGCUGAAUGCUGCGAGCUGAAGGCGGAAGAGUGAAAUGUAUGAUGGGCUGGCGAGUGCCCUCUCGUAGGCAGACAGAAGACACGAGAGGAAAUCAAGGAUGUAUGGAGGCCAAGGAGAGGCGGUUUGCGUCGAGAGAAAGGCCUGCCGCAGCGGCGUAACGCUGUGAGGGGUGGAAAGAAACAAGAAAACACAGAGCAAGUCGCAAGCAGUAUAGGGACGUCGUUUUCUGCACAUCUCAUUUCUGGAGUCCUUUUCAGAAUCACGUAGGAAUCUGAUGUGCCUGUUUGUUCGGUGUGAGGUACACAGUUCUCCACGCGGUUCCGAACCCCGUUAAGCACUCUCUCUGUUCCAGAGACAGUCAAGAGAAUACGUUUUUCCGCCAGCGGUUGGGCGGCGCUUUUUGCGAGUCUGCUCUUCCGAUUUCGCAAGAUAUCGUGACAAGGGGAGACACGAGAGUUAGAGGGACGACAGGACGGAGCACUAGCGGGUGCUUGCGACGCUCGGCACUGGAACUCCGUAGGCUUUCGUGUUCUGUAGUCCCCGCCAGAAUCACGCGGGUGGAGAGAGACGCCCUCUGCACACCAGACCGGAGGACGGAUUGGUUUUCCAAAGUCGUGUGGCGUAGAAAACGAGAAAGUCUGUUCACAAGCGACUGCUCCCACUCGGCACGCGUCUCUUUCUCAAGGGUUAGCGGCAGACGCAACGAGGGCUUCGAAAACGUACGAUAGUCGCGUCCGAACGUCGGUGUGAGACCUCUCGAUUCACAGUGUUUCGCGAUACAAUUCAAACACGACGCCAGAAGGAUUCUAAGUGGAAGACCUCUCGAUCUGCACAUUUCCCAUCCUGCUUGCGAAAUCAAAAAAACUUCAAGCCCGC